GCGCAUUUGUUGACGUGUCCAACGUGCUCCACUCGUCGGAUUUGAGAGAGCUGACGCAUCUCACGAAACCUGUGAUUCCAGAAGCCUCCUCGGACGUCUGCGACGAAAAGCUGAAUCAUAAAAUCUGUAUUUCAAUGGUUUGGGCGAUGCGUAUUUCAUAUCGGAAUCUUAUCCCCUAAUAGCAGACAACUUCCCGUUGGAAAUGAUUUCACGUUUCAUGACAAACACGAAAGUACGAGGCCUUAACGUUAAAAAAAGUUUAAGUUAAACUCGUGGUAUUCCUUUGUCUCUGCUCAGCUCAGAUCCAAAAGUAUCUGAAAACCAUAUUCUGUGAGGUCAUAUGGAUCUUUGAAGUCUUGUAAACGUAUUACAAGUUUUUUUUUCGUAAGAAAAGGACAACGUCGAAUUAAUCGAAGGCUUUUCAAUAUCGUUUAAUACUAUGGACGAAUCUGAUUAUAACAAUGAGACUGGAUGGAGAAAACGUCAACUCAGUGAUGGUGAUCCGGAUGCAUGUGACUUCAUGCCACUGUCUAAAAGAAUCAACAACCUGCAUUUAAAUGGUAGUAAUUUGAACUCGGAAACCACACCAUCAUACACUCCUACUGGAUCUUCCAUCUGUGAAUGCCGUCUGCAACCAAGCACUUCCAGCAGUGUGAUACAAUGUUCCUUGUGCAACCCCAAUCUCUAUGGGAUCACUCGGCAAGCACUUCCUCUUCCAGACCUGCUGAACAUUCCCAAUGAAAUGUCACGUGAAAGAACUCCCCAGCAUCAACAGUUUAUUCACGAUGACACCUAUUCACCAGACAUGGAUGUUCACUCCAACCCUCACUACUACACGCCCAACAAGCUGCUGUUUGAUUUGCACAUUGAGCGUGUCAAGAGGCACGGUAUACUAUUCAAGCCCAACAAGUACGACGGCUAGAAGAUGUCAGUACUAAUAAUGUAACAAUAAUGUUUCGCUCUUUUCUGUUUCGUUUUUUUUUAAAUCUCAAUUUUAUGAAAUCACUUCAUCUUCGCUAGUCGAUUAAUACACGAAAUUAUAUUUCAGA